AAUAAACUCGUAUCGAGCUUAUUGUGGAGCGCGUGCCCCCUGGACGAGAGCGUGGGCUGAGAAGAAGCGUGAACCCGGGAAUUCCCUGCGCUCGACGCUCGUUUUUUACGCCCACAUGGACAUUUUCAUAGCUCCAUCACUUCGGCAAACUUCCUCAAACAUGCCGUUAAGCCAUACUUCCUCUCUUAGGGGUGCACUCACUUCCUACAUAGUUCAAUAACCGCAUCCACACAGCAGAAGCAGAAGCAGCAGCAGCAGCAGACAGCAGGCGAGCGAGCGAGCGAGCGCGUGCGUUUGUGCGUGUGUUUUUUUGGAGGAGAUCCGCUGCUGCUCGCCUUUGGAAACCUACUGAAAUCUGUCUACACCAAGCUACAGCAGGAGCAUGAUUGCUUGUUGAAGAUUGAAGCGCUUCAUCCCCUCCCAGCAUGCAGAGCAUUAAGUGUGUGGUAGUAGGCGAUGGUGCGGUGGGGAAGACCUGCCUGCUCAUCUCUUACACCACCGGCGCCUUCCCGAAAGAGUACAUCCCCACCGUCUUCGACAACUACAGCUCCCAGGUGAGCGUGGACGGCCGGGCCAUCAGCCUGAACCUGUGGGACACUGCAGGUCAGGAGGAGUACGACCGCCUGCGCACGCUCUCCUACCCGCAGACCAACGUCUUCGUCAUCUGCUUCUCCAUCUCCAGCCCGCCCUCCUACGAGAACGUCAAGCACAAGUGGCAUCCCGAGGUCACCCACCACUGCCCCAACGUGCCUAUCCUGCUGGUGGGCACCAAGAGCGACCUCCGCAACGACUCAGAGGUGCAGAAGAAACUGAAGGAGCAGAACCAGGCGCCCAUCACGCAGCAGCAGGGCCAGGCUUUGGCUCGACAGAUCCACGCCAUCAAGUACAUGGAGUGCUCGGCACUCAACCAGGAUGGCAUCAAGGACGUGUUCGCCGAGGCCGUUCGCGCCUUCCUCAACCCCCAGCAACCUGCCACCAAAAAACCCUGCAUACUCCUCUGAGAACGGGGCGAGGAAGAGAGAGCAUAGCCUUAUUUUGAAUUACAUAGAGAUUUAUAUGCUAAUGUAAUUAAUGAAAGAAAAGUAUGACAGAGUUAGCCAGCCAUGACCAAGAGCCAAAGUGUUGUGAAAGCCUAUUGUCUCUGUUGUAAGAAAACUUUGUAGCUUAGCAGCAAAAAAAUGAUGAAUUUGUCCUUUGAUUGCAACUUGUUUGCAAGAUUCCCAGUCCUGGUCCUGGAUUACUGCUUGCUGUUUACCUUGCUAAAAAAAGAUUUUGUCUGAUUUUAAGCCUUCCAUCCAAACAUGAUGGAAACAAAUUCUUCUGAAAACACUCUCCAUGAAGAAGAUUUUAGAAUACUCUGUUUUCAGCACUGAUGUUUGGGAAAAAAGGUAAAAAAAAUGAUUUUAAAGACGCUGAUGUGAAAAUGCAUGCAUGUUUCUGGUUUAAUCUCAAACAACCCCUUACUCACUAUAUAGUGAACUAUAUCAAGACAUAAAACUACAACAUCUACAGAAUCCAUAAUUUUGUAACUUGCAUAGUGCACUAUUUAUUAGCUAUUACUGUUAUCCCAUACAGGCUUAGCAUGCUCAUGCAAGCGUUUUCAUCUCUGUGUGGAUGGAAAUCUUCUUUAUUUUAAAAAUACCCAGAUAUAGUAUGUGUGGACGUUUCCUUUACUGUUUUCCUGCUCUAAAACUUACACUUACACCACAGGAAGGAUAUAAUUAGCUGUUUAGUUGGAUCAGGUGUGGUGGAAGUGGGGAAAACACUAAAAUGUCCAGGACCAGGGCUGGGAACCACUGAUUUAAAGUGUUUAUCAGAAGUAAUUGUAGGUAAUUGUUGCUGAAAUUGUUUAUAUAAUGUAAAGGGCAGCUGUUGAUUUUUUUUAAACACAUAACUUAAUUAUAUAUAAAAUUACUUAAGAUUUUCUUAUGACAGUGAUAAUAUCAUAUCAUAACACAAGAGAAGUAAAUUGUAUACUGCACAGAUGGAUUGAACUCGCAAAGCAAAAAGAAUGUACUUUUAUUUGAGAAAAUGCCACUAUAUAUUUUACCCCAUAUAUAUAUAUAUACAGAUAGAUCAAUAUAAAGACAGGAGAGAUAUAAGAAUACAGAUAUCUUAAUGUGAUAUUUUUUUGAGAGAGUAGGAAAUGUCUGUGGAUUUUUUGACCUCAUACAAAAAGGUCUUAUGACUUGUUUUGAACCAAAUCUGAGAAAUACACAGUGAAAAAAUGUAUAAAGCACAGGGUCUAGCAGCUUUAAUGAAUGAAGCCUUAACAAUACUAUGCAGGACUUUGCUUUAAUCAAAACAGGGAUCUGAGAUUUUACUUUAGUUUGUUCUUGUUGUAUUUAUGUGAUAACGCCUCUGUGUGUCUGAAAGUGCUUGUUCAGCCACGGGAUUACAUCUCUAAAUGAACCUGCAUGUCUGUGUUAGUCUGUGUUAAUUAAGGAGACUGGAGAUUUCUGCAGAUUUCAGCUCGCUCGUGUCUGCGUCAGCGGCUUGACCAGUUUCUGUAUGGAGUUUUGCAUUGACCACACUACUUCCUUAUGGUGCGGGAAACAGCAUCUUGGCAGUCCAUUCAGGAAGCAGAGGCUCCAGCACGCAUCACGCUCCAUUCUACACACUCACUGUUUCCCCACAGAGCCUGGGUGGAGCUCAACCGUGAAGCAGCCAGAAUAAGAAAAGCUCUUGCUUUCAGCUCUUGAUGACUGAAUUCAGAAUUAGCUCACAUUGUUAAUGUAAACUUACAGAGGCCUUACUCAUGCAUCCCAUAACUAUAGAAGCAUUAGUUUGUGUGGAAACUGAAACUGCCAGUUGAAAACAUAAAUUUAAAGAUUCUCUUUGGUAUCAGGAUUGGUUCAUCUAAGGCAUCACUUCGAAGAACCUUCUUGGCACUUUAAUAUUUUUGGGCUGUUCAUAAAUGUUGAAAGUUUUUAGAGGAAUGUAACAGUGUUUCAACUUCAGUGUUGAAGCACCUUUCAUCAGGUUACUGGCAAGUGGUCAUUGUUACAAUUCCAAAGCCUUUAUUCAGCUUUUAGAAAGCCCUUUUUAAUGAAAUACUCUUUUUAAAAAGGUAAAUUAGUUGUGGCCUACGGAUAACAAGUUCAAAUUCCGCGACAUGCUGCUUUGGCAUCAGCAGCCGGAGUUCGAGAGAGCACAAUCAGCCAUUCUCACUCUGGGUAGGUAGAUGGUCCUCUCUCCCCCGAUUAGUCCCAAUUUUAAUGGUUAGCAUAAGAAUCUAUGGCUGAUUUUACAUGUAUCAAAGACCCUCUAAGUUUCAAGAUGUAACAAUAUUUGUAUAUUUGUUGUAUCGUUAUGGCUUUGGGAAUUUGAAUUGAGUUAAAAAAAAUGUGUAUUUUUAGUGUUUUAGUGCUUUCCCUGCUCCCAACACACCUGAUCCACCUACUCAAGUCAUGAACAGCUCAAUAUUGAGUUAAAGUGAGUGUGUUAAAGCAGUGUCCCAAGGGCAAAGCACUAAAAUGUGAAAAUCAGAGUUGAGAAACAUUGCUUUAGGUCUUUAUUACAAAAUAAUUCUUUAAGGAACCAAAAUUAAUAGUUUUUUUUUUUUCUUUAAUAAGGUAUGUGUCCCAAUUUUGCACUAACAAUUGGGUCGCAGCCCACAAAAGCACCAUAUAGCACCAUAUUCAGUUUUGUCUCCAUGGUAAAUAUCCAAAUAUCAUCUUACCAGUGCUACUGUUUGCUAUGAGUUAAAUAAUGGAACUCGUGCUGAGGGUUUUUUAGUUAAGUACAAUUGCAGUUAAGAUGUGAUUCGUUUUGUAUGUGCUUCAUUGUUGCCCUGCUAAGGUACCAUAUACAAAAUGGAUUGAUUGAAAUGGUGAUGAAUGCAGUUAUACAGUUUGAUUCUACAUGAUGCAUAACUGAAGCAUCUACUUCUGCACAUAAAGACAACUGCCAGUUGGAAGCAUGCAGCACUCAGCCUGAAGCUACUAACCAGUAUGAUGCAGUUACUCAGUUAUGUCCUGAGUUCUGUGCAGGCCAAACACAACAUGCGGUUGCACAAUAAGCUUUUACACCACAGUAAAUUGGUCCUGAAUUCUACUAAGCACUGAAGACAAAGGGCUCCAGUCCGCCGCAGACAGACGCAGGGCAAACCCCUCCGUCGUCACUGCGUUACUGAUAAACAUCCAGCCUUAACAGCUAAGAAAAGCCAGUCUUUUCCUCAGGCUCUGACCACAGCAUGUUAUGGCGUUCCACGGGAAGUAAUCUUCCUCCUGGAAACAGAGCAGGGAAGGGUUUAUGUUUCCACACACUUCCUCCCCGAGCCCCGCGCCGUCCACAGCAGCUCCACGCCCAGGCCUGUCUCGGGACGUUACUCUGAGAAUUGAACACCAGGUCUUCUUAGCUUUAAUUUCUCACACUGUCUGUUUUUAAUGAGGCUUUAAUGUUGAUUACAUGUUCAAUGUUUUACUGUUUGUAAUUUAUUUACCUGAAUUUCUGUUUUAAAAAUGUGUUUUAAUGCAAAUAAAAUAAACACAGCUUUGAUGUCACAA